AUGUCGGACGAUGGUGUUUCGCUGGAAGGUGGCAGUGGUUCAGUGUCUUCGGAUGGAAAUACAACAACCAGCAUUUUGUCCUUCAGUCCAACAGCAUCUGAUCACGGCCUAAUAUUGACGUGCAAAGCAUCAAACCAACGGAUCCCGAUGAGUGAACUGCGCGACACGUGGAUGCUGCGAGUCCUUUAUCCGCCGAAGGUCACUCUGACCCUUGGCCACGGCCUCGACGCGGAUGACAUUAAAGAGGGCGCCGACGUUUAUUUCGAAUGCCAUCUGGUGGCCAACCCUUGGGUCCUGAGGGUAUGGUGGCUGAGGGAUGGACAGAGGCUUCUCAGCAACGCGACAUCAGGAAUCAUUGUCAGCAACCAAACUUUAGUGUUGCAGGGCGUUAGCAGAAGUAGCAGCGGACGAUAUUGUUGCGAAGCGAGCAAUACUGAAGGAUCCUCGAGGAGUCCUCCUUUUCAUCUAAAGGUAAAAUUCGAGCCAAUUUGCGGUGAUGGAAGUGGACGCAAAGUACUCGGAGCCGCCAAAGAUGAGCCUCUAUCCAUCGAAUGCAAGGUAGAGGCUGAGCCGACGGCAUCUCUGUUUCGAUGGAGCUUCAACAGCACGCCGGGCAUUUCUAGGGAUUUAACUGAAUUUACGGCUGAACCUGGAGGCAGUAUGUUGACGUACAUUCCGAAGGUAGCUGCAGACUACGGGACUCUUCAGUGCUGGGGAAGGAACGAGCUUGGAUCGCAGAGGAAUCCUUGUACCUACCAUAUUGUUCCUGCUGGAAAACCGGACCCACCCAACGGCUGCGAUCUCUUCAACGUAACCCAUCACUCGGUGGUACUCACGUGCAAAAAGGGUUUCGAUGGAGGAAUGAAGCAGAAAUUCGCACUCUUGGUGAAAUCCGGAGAUGGUCUUAUGGCCAACCUCUCCGCCAAUGUACCAGAGUUCUUGGUUUCCAACUUAGAACCGGCCCAAGAUUAUGCCGUCACAAUAUUCUCUAUAAAUGCAAAAGGGUGGUCUAAAGGUUCGUCUCCGAUUGUUGUCCGUACGUUGCCAGCCCCAGGUCUGAAAGAGCAGAGAAGAUCGACUGGUCCUGGAAUGGGGGGUGGCGAUGACCGAAUCGGAGGAGGUUUUAACGGUCCUUGGCUGUACAUACUACUUGCGGCCGGAUCAACGCUGAUCGUAGCGGCGGCCGUCGGAGCAAUCGUCUUCGUGAUCCGCCGCUUCAAGGUGGACAGCCCGGUGCGGGAGAGACGUUGUGAACCACAGAGGAGUCCGAAGCGCGAGGAAGUACCACUAAAUCCGGGGGUGUCCACAUUCACGGACACCUCCGUCAGCGACGACAAGAAUCCAGAUCUGAUUCCGCCCUCGAACGAGAGCCUCCUGGAGUGCUCCUCGGCACCGUACACGAUCACGGCCCGUCCCAGUUCGAAGAGGAAUAGUGCUACCCAAAUGCCCGUGAAGCCGUACCACGUCACCUGGGCUCCAAUACUUCAGUCGCGCAACUGUGCCACCCAAACGCCACCCCCGCACAAAGAGAGCUCCGUCUAAUUAAUCAGCGGCUCCGGGACCAAAACCACCUGUGAUACUUGUGAAUAUU